UGGAAUGCCGCUCGUGGCACUUGGGGGGUAUUGGGGGAUUCGCAAGAUAUCCACUGAUAACUAAGACCACCAUAUCCCCGGACCACUCUUGCCAAGGCGGCAAAAGGUCAAACACCUCUCUGUCGGUUCAGCUCAAGGUGGGGUGUUGGGAGGUUACGAAUUCUCCGACGACGAAAAAGCUGGUACGAAUAUAUCACACGGAACUGUGGGUCCAAAGCCCCGGAUUCCCUCUCGAUCCAAGUUGAAAGGAUCUCGGGGCCGGCACAAGUGAUUGAUACAUCGCCACCACAUAUUACAUCAACCAAACUUGGGACUUAUGAUGGUACCUUCGUCCAUUCUGGGGGGCGGAUACCAUAGUGGGGUGUUGCGGUUUUGGGGGAGGAUCCAGAGUUUGUAUAAAGUGCCAUGGCACCCAGGAACGGGCAACGUCUUUUUUUUUGGCUCCCCGCGUUCGAAACCACAGUUACCAUUGUCCAAUCUCCAAACUAUCCUUCAACUACCAUUCCUUGGAUAAGAAAAUAAUGAGAUCCACGGCUCUUAUCAUUGCAAUUGCCUUCCUGGCAGCACUAGUUGCUGGCCAGAGCAAGGUUUGAUACCCCCUCAUACUCGGCCUAUGACACUAUUCUGAUAUUCUAUAAAAGGUCAUGCAGAUUGACGAUGGUCAAGUCCAAGGCCCUGAAAUACACGCUAGCUACCCGUGCCCAGUAUUGAAGCCCCCCCGCGUUUUCAGCGAAACCUUCUAAUGAGGCGAAAUAGGUUACGACAAUUACUCCCUGCCCGAUAAUUGCUCCGCCUGCUCCCCCGAAGGUAAGUGGCGCGAAUUCUUGCUCCGGGCAAGCCCCAGCCGCCUCGAGGUCUGGGGUUAUGGUACACACUGAUAAUGGGCAGAUCCAGAUUCAUAAACCAACCCCCAGUGCUCCCCCGGAAGCACCAUGCCCCCCAAUAGCUUUUGAAGGCGGUGCCCUUGCAAGGAAGUACCCCGUUGGCGGAGCAGUCGCAGCGGGUGCUGUUGCUGUUGCUUUCGCAAUGAUUUAGAUAUGGGAGGGGAGGGAGGGAUAUUUCGAAUGAGCUCCUUCAGAGUUGUCGCCGGAAAGGUCUUGGUUAUCGUUCUUAGGUACCGUGAGCUGCAGGUGGCCAGGGAAAUGCAGGCUGCGAGAAAUAUUUCGUGUAUUGUGGUUUGGGUAAGGUCCUCGUUAUGUAUCAGCAAUCUAGAAGAAGAGGGAAGGGUGAUAUGGGGAGGCGGGAAAAAGGGAUGGAAGGGCAUGAUGCUCACCGGGACUGCUAGCAAACAUAGUGGCAGCAGCCUGUGAGAUACUUUUGCGGUUGUUGCGUCAUCAAUCAAACUGUUCGAUCCCAUCUUUUAUUUGAUACCCCACGUGUGACAAACGAAUUCGUCCCGAAAUCCAUACUACCAAGUGACUCUUGGAGAAGAGGCAGGAUGGAAAGUCGUCAGUGACGAGAAUUACCGGUAUGAGUGUUAGCGCUGGAAAUAUCGUCCAUUAGCGGUUUUCUCGGUAACGGAGCAGAGGGAGCACGGAUGAUUGUCCUUUGAUCCGCUAUCGUCUCUCAGGGAGGGACUAAGUGGAAUGCAUGAACCAUGGUGGUUGAGGUUCUAACCCCGGCGAUAUUAGAUAUGAUACCCAACAAUGCCGAUAACAGCUGGUCACGGUAGGCUAUCGCCUUCAUCCCUGCCAGUGGUUCGAGGGAUGGAUGGAUAAUACAGAAAUGUCUUUCAUUCAUGAGCGCGACGUGCGGGAUCCGGGCGGAUGCGUACCACACCAGCUCUCCUAACGUGACGACUGCUGCUGCACACGACCAAAAAUUGGCCAGAGCCUCGUAAAUUUGGUGGCAUCCAAUACGAGAAUUGUACCGGUAUUGUAGAUUUCCUACUCGUGAAAGCUGUGGAAAAAAAAACCCUUUCC